CAAUGUACAUAAACAUCUUGCAGUAGAAAAACUCAAAGUUAAGUGCAAACAUUGCCAUUUACAUUUAUCCUUCUUUUUACCAUUUCUUCUAAAUAAUCAUGUAAAUGCCUCAGAACAUAAGAGGACGAUCCAAGCAAGCUAACAAAGUCACAUGCAUGACUAGCUGAAUUUCCCUACCUACUCACAAACGUGGUUUAAUGGAAUGUGACUUUGUCCUAUCACAAGGGAUCAAAAUGGCAGCAAGUUUGAACAUGCGGCUGUAAUUUCAACUUUUGUGCAUGCAUAAACCCUACUCGUUUUGUAAAACGGAAGGCGCAUGCUCUCUUGAAAAUUUGUAAAUUUGCCCUACUGGGUAAACCCUUACCCUUGUAUUUACUCUUAGCCUAAGUCACAGUUAUAAACCGAACAUGCGUGUACCCAAAAUGUUUUCAUUUGGUGCUAUAAUUGAACUUGCUAUGGCAGGAGAAUUAAAUUCCUAAUGGGAGUUUUGAGUUCCUAGUCGAGAAUUAUAAACGUACAUACAGUAGUGCCUCAGGUUACGAAAUUAAUCCGUUCCAAAGCAGCCUUCGUAACCUGAUUUUUUCGUAUCUAGAACUACAUUUUACAUGUAAAUUGCCUAAUUCGUUCCAAGCCAUACAAAAACCCCACAGUAAAUUUUAUAAUAAAGCUGAAAUUGACCAAUAAACAAUGAAAUACAACAAUUUGGACCAUUCAAUACUUAUCCUAACCGUUACUGUACCUGUAAAUAAAGCGUAUUAGUGUACAGGGUACAAGAAAUACUGUGUGUACUUGUACGUACGUAUGUAAUAAAAUGUGGAACCUUACAUUUCAAGUGAGGUGAUGUUCGAAAGUGGUGACAGAGGGGUAGGACAAACGGCAGAAAACAUGAACACUUAACUUUACGAAACAUUAAAAAAUGGCAAAAAAUAUUAACUAAACUUUACGAAACAUUAACAAAUGGCAGAAAACAUUAACACUUCUUGAUUAUCUCCAUCUUCGUCUCCAUAGAAAACAUCCUCUUCUUUCCGUGAACUUCAGCAACUUUCUUGGGACCCAUGGCUAAUAUCCGAAGUCAUUAAGUUCACAAGCAACACGAUAAAGUAAUUUACAGUACAACAAAAACAAAAUCACUAACACGAAUUUACGUUAACAAAGGAAAUAUAUGUGUAUGAACGAGCGAAUUCCAUGUGUUUACGAUAACACUGCCACAAAAAAUGGUCAAGGAACACCUUUACAUAGAGGCAUGAUGGGACAGAUGCUGACCUAUUAGGAGAGCAGGAUCUUACGGCUGUGACCAGCAUCAGGAACCAAUGGGAGAGCGGGAGUAUGGUGGCAAGUCUACGAGUUGGCGGGGCGCCAAUUUUACAAUUGUUCUCGGCGGCCCGGGUGAAUCUCGGACUUUACCCUUUCGCAACCUGAAUUAUUUUCGUACACAGAAGCAAAAAAUAGAGUGCAAAGACUCCCCAAAUCUCUGGCAUUUGCUGUGGCAAAUAGAAAUAUUUUUAACAGUUUUUAUGAAAUUCAGCUGUAGAAUUAAAAAGAUCUUAGAGGAUACAAAUAUAUUAAAAAAUUUCCCAUAAUUCCUUUUCUGUAUCCUAGUAUGUACUCCUGUCUGGAGGUUACCAGAUGUGAAAUUCUGCAGGUACUUCAAUGGAGCAAAGAGAGAUAAAUCUGAUGAAGAAAUGAGGGCAUUAUUUUUAGAGCAAGCAUCAGAGCAUAUAAAUACAAGUUUUAUAUUCACUGAUGGUUCCAAAUCCAAUGCUGGCAGUGGUUAUGGAAUUUUUAGUGAACUUUUUAACCGAAGAGGUGUGCUUCCCUCAGUUGCCUCAAACUUUACAGCUGAAUUUUAUGGCAUCCUAGUAGCACUGGAACAUAUUGCUACACUCCCAGUGUGUAGCUACACAAUAUUUUGUGACUAAAAGUGCCUUAUAGUCCCUGGAAGUCUUCAAUACUGAUCAUCCCUUAGUGUUGAAGAUCACAGUGGAUCUUCUUGCACCAGUAUAGAGGCUGCAUUGUUUCUUUUUGGGUUCCUGCCCAUGUGAACAUAUCAGAAAACAAAGAGGCAGACAAGCUAGUCAAAUCAGCAGCACAAACUUUGGUACCAAGAAAAUGCCCUGUUCCAUAUCAUGAUAUAUGGAAAUCCAUCCUGCAUUUAUGGGCACUUCAGUGGGACAGAGUAGACCCCAAUAAAAUGAAAGAAAUCACUAGUCAGACACACCCUUGGAAAUAUGACCUUAUACUAAGGAAGUGGGCGGUUGUAUUGUGUAGAUUAGGUAUUGGCCAUACCCGUUCAACUCACGGCUAUCUGAUGAAUGGGGAGAAUGAGCCCUUCUGUGACAAUUGCUUAGUUCCAUUAACUAUUAGGUAUUUGCUGGUUGAGUGUCCCAGUCUAGUGGAACUUAGGAAUAAUUUUUUAUCAUAUAGUAGUUAAGCAGGUGGUAAUUAUAGUAUGGCAAAACUGUUGGGAGAAAGCAUAUACUAGUACUAUAUUAAUAACAUUGUCUCAUUUAUCAAAGAAGCUGUUGUCAAACAUAUUUGAUAGCUGUGCUGUCUUGGUAUAUUCCUUUUUUUUUUUAUUGUGCUGUUAUGUGAUCAAGUUAAUUAACAUUUCUUUUCAGAAAUUUAUUUAUAUAUUUUUUUCUCAUUUUUUUUCUUUUUUUAAUAAAAUGUACAUUUAGCUUUUUAGCAAAAAAUAUUUUGACUUAUGUUUAAUAUAUUAUAAAAGUGAAAAGAUCAUAUUUAGUAUUCAGUAUCAGUGACCCUGGUAGUUGUGACGCCAGAUAACUCGCUAUUAAUUAAUCAAUCUUGUCGCCAGUGUUAUGACAUCUCUAUUUUAGAUUUAUGUCAUAACUACAGUUGUUUCCUCUUACCUGUUUGAUAGAGAAAGAUGGUAUUUUAAUAUAUGUUCGACCAUCCCAUUUGUGUCGUAGUGGUCAGAGGAUGAAGACGAUAAUAAAGCGAUAUAAUCUUUUUUCUUCACAUUAUUCGCUCAGUUACAUUGUUAAGCAGACAUAGAAGAAUAUACAAAAUAUGAAAGCUUAUGUAAUGGAAUCAUAACAAACUUGUGAGCAUCAGAGCUCAAUACACACUAAGGUAUUAUAUUGUACAUACUUGAGAUAGAACUUACAGGAUGGAAGUGUGUCAUUCUCACUCAAUACUAAACACAAUAAUAAUUGGUUACACUUUAAACUGAACACGUCCGCAGAGCCUCAGUGGCGUGAUCGGUAUGGUCUUGACCUGCCACCUUGGUGGCCGCGAGUUCGAUUCUCGGGCAUUCCAUUGAGGUGUUAGAGAUGUGUAUUUUUCUGUUGAUAGAAGUUCACUCUCAACAUGGUUCGGGAGUCAUGUAAAUCUGUUGGUCCUGUUGCUGAAUAACCACUGGUUCCAUGCAACGUAAAAACACCAUACAAACAAAACAAACAAAAAGCAUCCGCACAGCUAAGUUUCCUGCCCUUGUUACAUAAGUAUCUUACUUACAUGAUAGAAGGGUCAACUACCUGUCAUCUAGAAGUCCAAAAGAAGGCAUGGGUGACACUUCAGAUAUUUGAGGACUGGUUUACCACUAUUUUGUGCCAGAAGUGAAGGAGUACUGUGGUAAAAAGGGCUGCCCUUUAAGAUGUUGCUAGUACUACUGGACAAAACCCAGGUCACUCUACCCAUUUGGAUGACUCAUCCUAAUGUCAAGGUGGUUUUCCUUCCACAUAAUACCAUUUCCCUUUUAUAACCUGUGGACCAAGGUGUCAUUGCCACUUUCAAGGCUUGCCACCACAGAGGGACAUUUGCUAUGGCUUUCAGGGCAGCUGAAAAAGACAAGAACUUGACUCUAAAGGACAUAUGGAAGUCUUACAACAUUCUUGCUGCUAUAAGAUGAACUUGAAUGCUAUUUGGAAAAAAUUGUUUCACCAUUUUGUGUAUGGUUUCUAUGGCUUUGAGGAGUCAGUUCAGGCUGUCAUCAAGAAUGUUGUUGAACUGAGUAGGCAGCUUGAUUUGGAGGUGAAGGUUGAUAAUGUCACUGAGCUGCUGCCAUCUCAUGGAGAAGAAUUAUCUACUGAGGACCUCAUUCAACUAGAAAAGGGGGGAAAAUGUUCCCGAGAGAAAUCCUCGAAUGCGUGAGUCCGUGAAUCUGGAGAACGCGAAUAUGGGGGGGUCCAAUAUAUGCUAAAAAAAUUUUCUCUUUCAUUUAUUUUUUUUAUUUUUAUCGAUGCAUGUCAUUAAGUCUGGUUAAAUUCCGACUUGAAGACAAAAUCAGGUUAUGUCCUUGCCAUAGGAACGGAUCUUGGACAUAAGCAGAGACCCUACUGUAUUGGUUAAAACACAUGAAUUUCAUUUUUGUUUGAGGCAUUAUGUUUAAAAAGUUCAUAAAGUGUCAGCUUCAUUGCCAGUUUAGUUUUGAUAUUUAAAGUUCCUCACCCUAGCCAUAAACUGUGUUGCAUGUUUUGGGGGCGGGUGGUUAAUAUCUACAACUAGGGAGCAUCCUGCAUUUUGUUAAUGUGUAACAAAAGUGCAGCAUUAGUGUCUUUACCUAGAUAUCCUGCCAUUUUAAUAUUUAAUUAUGAUGAAUUGGCAAGUAAUUUUUAAGAAAGGAGAUUGAUGGUGAAUGUUUAUAUCAAGUAGCCUUUAAUACCUUCAAAUAGUUGUAGUCUUUGGAUUCUUAAAGUAAUCUAGGUUCUUUAUAUAUAGUUGUGUUUCUUUAGUGGGCAUAAAAUUUUUGGUUGAUAUAACAAAAUUGUUCAUUACACCAAAAAGUAGUGUGCAAGUAGUUUAUUGGUGUGCAAAUAUGUUGUAGUUUACCUAAUCUUUUAACAUAUGAGUACGCUUCCCCUAGUAAUCAGUAUAACAUACAUUACUGCAAAUGCUUUCUUAUCUGUUAAUAACACUGUUAAAGUGAAUCUGGAAAUGAUUGACUCUCACUCCAAACCUAAUCUGUUUUUUGUGCUUUCAUACCGUGCCUGUACUGUAAACAACUUAGACAGUACGUCUGUGCACCUCUAUAGGACUUCCAGCACGAAAAGACCAACAUGUCACCAUCAUUAUGAUGGUGAUAGCGGGCAUGAACGAGCCAGUAAAAAGGAACUAUUAAGGAAUAAAAAAAAGGAGAAGAAAGUUUGUUAUGCAACUCUAGGUGAAGACAGCUCAGCAGAUGAAAUGGAACUUUCAGAUACCAGGAAUCCCUUAAAGCCUAAAAAGCCUAAAAGUUUUAAGUUCCUUCAUAAGAAAGACAAAGAAGAAAAAGAGGAAAAAAAAGAAGAGAAAAAGAAGGAUGAUCGUCUCAAGGAUAAAUUAGAUAAAAAGGAAGAGAAAAGAAAAGAAAAAGAAGAGAAGAAAGGUGACAAAAAGAAAAAAGAAAGAGAAAAAGAAGAAAGAAGAAGAGAAAAGGAAGAAAAGAAGAGAUUAAAGAAAGAUAAAAAAAAAAAGUCAGAGGAUGUAUAUGAUGAAGAGGAACUUCCAGUAUUUGGUGUGCCACUUUCCACAGCUGUGGAGAGAUCUCCAAGUCAUGAUGGUAUCCAGCUUCCAAGUAUUGUCAGGGAAUGCAUAGAUUACAUAGAGGAAAAUGGUCUGCUUUGUGAAGGAAUUUAUCGCCUAAGUGGUGUGAAAAGCAAGGUCCAACAACUUCGCCGGCAUUAUAAUUCAGGAGAACCAGUUCGGCUUGCUGAUCAGGAACCUCAUGUUGUUGCCUCACUUUUAAAGCAGUAUCUCAGGGAACUACCAGAACCGGUGCUAACUGUAGAUAUGAUGCCACACUUUGAAGAUGUUGCCAUGAUUCCUAAUCCAGGGGAACGAGCAGAAGCAAUGCGACAGCUGAUUGACAGACUUCCUACUGCGAAUAGAUUAUUAGUUCAAUAUAUGUUCAAACAUAUGGGCCACAUUAUUGCACGGGAACAUGACACAAAGAUGACCUACCAAAAUGUAAGCAUUGUUCUCUCACCAACAAUGCAGAUUUCUCAUAGAGUGCUUAAUGUCUUGUUUCUAAAUCAUACAUAUUUGUUUGGAAAUAUUGUGAUAAAAAGGUACUUUCCACCUAUUAGAAGCUCUGGGGGAGAAAGGACGCUUGAACAGUUGCGAACUGUAAGCGAAAUUGAGGAGGAGAUCAUGAAGCAAGAAUCUCUUCUUGGCCUUCAUUCCCAGAUGCUGCAGAAUGUUUCCAGAAGAAAGGAAGAAGGAGGUCUUUGGGAAGCACAGAGAAUUGGGAGUGAAAGUGAAAAUACUGAACAGUUUAGAAAAGCUUUCAAGUCUGAAAAUGUUAGUGUUAGCAUAGAAAGCAGUAGUGUUGAAAAAGAGAGCUCUUCUCCCUGUGUGUGUACUCAAGGAGGAGUGUCCCAAGUGCAGCCAGUCUUGACUAUACCCACGCUUCCAAAGCCAGUUUCAGCGAGAACAGAAAGAAAUAAAUUUGUUCAUUCUGUGCAGAGUGAAAAAACACAGGGUACAGAAAAAUCAGAAAACAUAGAAGGAGUUGAUAAAGCACCCCGAGACUCCCAUAAAAUAACCAGACCAGAGGAUCAAAGAGGACAUGUUACAGUUAUUCAGUUAGGAAGUAAUGAAGGAAUUAAUCAGAGAGAGGAAGAUCAAAAUGCUCCACCUUGCCAGGACGAUCAAGUGGCUGCUCCAGUUGUGAUAAAUCAGAGGCCAGAAAUGAAGAGGCUAGCAGUGGAUAAAGUUCCUUUGAGAGAAACAAGAAGUCUGGAUGAUUCAAAAGGAAAAGGUUUAGCUGAGGAUAGUGAAUAUGCCUCAUUGCUAGAACAUGAAGCCAUAGUACAAGCAGAACACGAUGAAUUACUAUCAAUGAAUCAUGACUUGAUGCGAAAGCUGCAAGCAGAACGAGCAGAGAUCACAAGACUGAAAGAAGAAAUUCAAGAAAUGCAAACUUUAUACGGAUACAGUCCUCUGACAGAACGAAGCAGUUCCGACCGAAAGCCUUGGAUUCCUGCGUACAAGUCUUCGUCAGAAAUGAUGCCACCUCCCCGCCCCCAUCGAGGACUGUAUCGAGUUGUCUGCAGAGCAGAGAAGGCGUUCCUCAUUGCAAUUAACGACCGUGAGGACUGGGUCUCCAUCGACCGGCUGAAACCCACCUCCAUUCCUGACGAAGAUGACACCGCAGAAGUAUCUCACAGGCCUCCUCCUCAAAAUGACGUUCCGCUGGGACCCGCCAGCGCCUCCAGACGUCGCCAAGGCCGCCCAAGGACAGCAGUCGAACCCCCCAGGUCCACCACCAGGGGCGGCAUCCUGCUGUCCAACUCAUCUCAAGACGAGGAGCCGGGGGACAUGCCCCGACAGAUGGAAUCACGAUCCCAUGGAAUCCUCCACCCUCCAGCAAGAUACCAGUGACCAAUCAUCCAAUGAUUUUUUUACCAUAAUCAUUGUCUUGGGGGUUUGGGGGAAGUAUCUGUAAGGAUGGCAUUUCCACCAAAAUGUCCAUCUCCUAAUGUAUAUACCACCUUUUUACAUAUACCAAAAUGUAGAGCAAUUUGCAGCCUUUCUGCCAAUAUAUGUAUCAUAUUUACACAUCCUGUACAGUUAAUUAUAUGUAUAUUUGUAGGUGCGAGAAAGCACAAUCACAGCAGGGGUCCACUCCCUUUUUUCGUAUGUACGCUUGAUGGACAUUAGAAUUCCAUCCGCACAUCCUCCUUAUAUAUAUACUAUAUAUGUUCGUUUCUGACCAAUAAAUC